GACACGGUAACCAUCCAGACCAGGAAGUUCAUGACAAACCGUCGGCUUCAGAGGAAACAGAUGGUCACUGAUGUCCUUCAUCCUGGGAAGGCCACAGUACCAAAGACAGAAAUUCGGGAAAAGCUGGCCAUGAUGUACAAAAGCACACCAGAUGUCAUCUUUGUGUUUAGAUUCAGAACCCACUUCGGUGGUGGCACGACAGCUGGCUCUGGCAUGAUUUACGAUUCUUUAGAUUAUGCAAAGAAGAAUGAGCCUCAACACAGACUUGCAAGACACGGCCUUUACGAGAAGGAAAAGACCUCCUGCAAACAGGGAAAGGAACGCAAGAACAGAAUGAAGAAGGUCACGGGGACUGCAAAGGUCAAUGUUGGUGCUUGGAAAAAGCCAAAGGAGUAG